AUGUCUACCGCAGUCACUCUUCGCGCGCUUGCCAAGCAGGUUUCUGCUUCCAUCUCUGCCACAGAUCUCGCUGCUGGCACGUUUGCUAUCGGUGGAGAUAUUCCUAUCGAGCAGCCGCAGGGAGAACUUGGCGCUACAAGCACCGGUAAGAAGGAAACGAAGAGUGAGGAGACGAAGGCCUCUUCAGCUCCUGUUAUCCUUCGAUGGGACAACCCAGAGGAUCACCCCGGACCCCAUCGAGUUUCUUUCCCCGUCACGUCCGACGAGGACACUGCGGCGUUCGAGCAUCUUCUCAAAGCUUCUGAGAAGGCAACUUUCGGAUUGAACGGACGACAUGAAUUCGAUGAGACGUACCGCAAGGCUCAGAAGCUUGGUGCUAAUGAUUUCUGCACCACCUUCUGCCCGUACGAAACGGGUAUUAUCGAUGCUGUCUGCCAGGUCCUCCUCCCAAGCUUCGACACAGCCGACACCAAGCGGUCACUUCGUAAGCGGUCACUUCGUGCUGAGCUGUACAACAUGAAUUUCAAAGCACACGUGGAUACUCCCCGAUCCAGCUACCAGAUCGGCUCACUCGUUGUCUGCCUUCCUAUGAAGCACGAGGGUGGCGAGCUUGCUGUGAGACAUAACGAAAUAACCCAUUCAUUCGACUGGGCCGAAAACUCCCACAAGCCUUCGAUUCAGUGGGCAGCAUUCUACAGCGAUUGUGAACACGAGGUGUUCGAGGUCAAGUCUGGCCACAGAAUUACCCUCACAUACAACCUGUAUGCUACCGCUGGGAACGGAGCCCUUGCCGGUCAGACAUCUGCUUUCAACCCUACCAUGCUGCCACUUUAUCAAGAAAUCAAAGCCAUGGUCACUUCGACGAAGUUUCAGGCCAAGAGCAGACUUCUGGGGAUCUAUAGCACAUACGCUUAUCCUCAUACUGAGGAGGAACAUGGCCUUCCAUUCUGUCUCAAGGGCAUCGACAUGGUGCUUUACGAGAUUUUCAAGAGCCUGGGUCUGAAGGUCCACUUGUGUGCUAUUCUCGAAAACCCCAUGAGCCAAUGGAAUCCCAAGAAACUGGACGAUGGAGAGUUCUCCGACGGCGCUGCAGAUGUUGAUCCCGCCAACAAAACGAAUGAGUCAAAGAAGAGUUCGAACAAGAGCGGUGAUUCGACGGAGACCGAUUCCGACGAAGACAAGGACGGAGAUUAUGAACCCCCAAGAGUUGUCGGAGUCCUUAGCACGCAAUACUGUGCAGAGAUGAUUGACUACGAAAGCGAAAUCAAGGAAAUGUUUGAGAGUGCCCUUGACACCAAAAAGCUCAGAUUCAACCCGAAGAACAUUGUCUGGUUGAACAAGAACAAUGGCGAGUCGAAGCUUCAGGUUUCCUACACAGCCUACGGCAACGAGCCUUCCACCGAGGAGAUAUACUCCUACUUUGCGAUGGUCGUUCAGGCCCCCAAGAAGCCAAAUGCUGACGACAACGAGGCAGCCCAGAAGCGGGCUCGAGAGGAGUAG